GCAAAUAACUUAACUUUUUGUAUUCCAGGUACGAUAUACCUCAGUUAAAAUGUUCAAUUUCAAUAUUGGUGUACUUGGUCAUGUCGAUAGUGGCAAGACAACUUUGAGCCGCUGCAUCAGCACUACUGCCAGUACUGCUGCCUUUGACAAAAACCCACAAUCACAAGAGAGGGGCAUCACAUUGGACUUGGGUUUCAGCUGCUUUGAUUUGCCUGCUCCUCAAUCCGUGGCAUCUGUCACUUCAAACAUACAAAUAACUUUAGUAGAUUGCCCUGGUCAUGCAUCACUCAUCCGAACAAUCAUUGCUGGUGCUCAAAUCAUUGACGCCAUGAUACUUGUUGUGGAUGUCACUAAGGGAAUACAAACUCAAACUGCUGAAUGUCUUGUCAUUGGAGAAAUCCUCUGUAGCCAUCUUCUUGUAGUCCUCAAUAAAGUCGAUCUACUCCCUCUCGACAAACGUUCAGCCAUGACAGAGAAAAUGACCAAAAGAAUAAGGAUGGCACUUCAGUCCACCAAAUUUUCUGAUGUCAAGAUUGUACCUGUGGCAGCCAAGCCGGGAGGAGGUGUUGAAAACAACAGCCUCGACACAGAACCUGUUGGUAUUCAAGACUUGCUUGUGGCUAUUCAAGAGAUGAUAUAUGUCCCCACACGAAGCAAUGCAGGUCCGUUCGUGUUUGCAGUUGAUCACUGCUUUGGCAUCAGAGGUCAGGGCACUAUUAUGACGGGCACAGUGCUGCAGGGGGCUGUAGCUAUUAACGAUAGUAUCGAAAUUCCCAGUCUUGCCAUUUCUAAGAAAGUUAAAAGCAUGCAAAUGUUUCGAAAGCCGGUAGAAAAAGCCAUACAAGGUGAUCGGGUAGGAAUUUGCGUUACUCAGUUCGACCCCAAACUUCUAGAAAGAGGAUUUGCAUGUACUCCCGGUUUUAUUAAAUCGGCAUAUGCCUUACUUGUGCGCGUGGUAAAGAUCCCUUAUUAUAAGCUAGCAAUUGAAACAAAAGCUAAGUUUCAUAUUAGCGUUGGCAACGAGACUGUGAUGUCUAAGAUAGUCCUCUUUGGCUCCGAAGUUGAAUGUCCUGAUGAUUCAUUUGAUUAUAACCGUGAAUACAAACAUCAGGAGGAACUCAUGGAUGUCAAGGCCAUUGAGGCAAGUGAGAACUGCAAACUUCGAGCUCAGUAUGCAGUUCUGCAUUUGGAGAGACGCGUGCCGGUAUUACCAAAUUCUUUCAUCAUUGGAUCAAAACUGGACAUGGAUGCUCACACGAAUAUGUGUCGAUUGGCAUUCAAAGGAACAGUGUUGGAAAUUUUUUCUGUCAAAGAAUAUGCAGAAACUCAACUUCCAAACAUCAAGGUCUUCAAGAAUAAGACUAAAGAAGGGAUCGUCGAGAGGCUUAACAACGAUUCAGAAGUAAUAGUCAGGAAUUUGUUCAACAAGGACACUAACUUGCAGCCGUUCAUUGGACUCAAAGUGCGCCUGUCUACUGGAGAAGAGGGUGUCAUUGACGGACACUUCGGGACGAGCGGUAAAAUUAAAGUCUUUAUAGCCAAGGGCUUACUACCUGACACCAAAAAUACACUACAGGCGCAAAGCAGUGGGAAGAAAAAAGGUAAAAAUGCUGGUGAAGCGAUGCAGAGUUUAACCUUAGAAGACCGUCAAAAUUUAGUGAUUAGAGUUAAAUUAGAUUUUAAAAGGUACCUGUUCUCCGUUGGUAAGAAAAUGAUUCAGUAAUAUCAUUUUCUGUCUCAAUUUUAGAUUACUUCACAUCAUUGUACAAUAAUUUUGUAUAUGAAAACAAGUGGAAUAAAUAUAUAUAGAUAUAAUAUAUACGUUUUCCCCUAGAUUGAACCGAAGGUUGUGCGCUUUACAGUUGCGCUGAUGCCCGAUAUAGGUAUAUAUAUUUGUUUUAUAGGUAUUGCAUUGCUCAUAGUACAGUUUAAUGGACUACAUUUCUAGUGCUGGCAUCUCUGUGCAUAUAUGUUGGUCAAGCAUUAUUCGUGUCAACUUGCCUAAUUCAUAUAUUUGCUUAACAAACAAAUGAAGAAUAGCAAAUUGCUAACAAUAACAAAUAAGUUCGUAUUAUGCUCAACGUUAUGGAGUCAUUUGUUGAACUAUGUAGCCGUUAAAUCUCCAUUUACACUGAAUUUGCGAGUAAAAUUUCAUAGGUUGGGCAAAUUAGCUCGAGCAAAUUGGAGGCGUUGUUGUUUGUUAUGCUGCAUAUAUAUAAUGUACAUCGGUGUGGGAUUAGGUUUAGAAAAUUUUGCAAUGCUACUUAAUAAGGAGAGCUUUACUCAAUAUUAAUCAACAUUGGAAGAAGUAGCGUUAAAAAAAUUACACCCUUAGUCAUUGACAAACGGUUACGUUAAUUGUAUUUAGCAUUGUGCCUUACCAUUUUUUAAGGUAAAUAAUAUUUGUUUUCUU